CGGCCUUGCCGCGGGUUGGAGCUGCAGGAAUUUUUUUUGGGUGUAGAGAUCUAUCAAAAAAACUUGACGUGAAAAACGAAAACCCAGUGACUGAUUGGUGGUCCUAGUUCGAGAGAGAGAAACAUCCAAAAUGGGCCGAGCUGACAGGACCUCCAGCUUUAGGAUGUCGCCGAUUGUGCGAACUCCAGAGCCAGUUCAGGGGUUACAUAGUUCACACCACAAGAGUCGCACCCAGUACACUGACGCCGGGCAUGACUACGUCAAGUUUCACAAGGAUCGUAUCAAUGAACAGCUCCAAAGAACAUCUCAUUCCAAAGCCGGUGGAGCAUCUGACACUUUUCCUUUGAAACCGGAAGAAGGAAAUUGUGGAUACUGUUACAUAUUAGCUGAUGAGACCUGUAUGGUAGAAGAUGAAUUCAACAAGCAAUCCAACGAGCAGGUCGGAGCUGAUCGUGAAGAGAACAAUGAGAAAGCAGCAGUGCUGGAUGAAACGGAGAAGGACCAUCUCGAUAACAAGUACCUGCUGAGCUUUGUCUCCCUCUGUGGCCUUGGAAGGAAGGAUUCUUCUUUAUUCAAGGACACGGAAGGAUUUCUCGGGAAGUAUCUGGAAGACCAAUGCUCCAAGUUGAAGCCGGAGGACACUCUUAAGGAGAUAGUCCAGGAAAGUGAGCCGGAAAAAGAGCCAGAUGACACGCAGAUUCUGGAGGAGAGGGUAAAGAAACUGGCAGAGGAAGCAAACAAGGACAAAAUAGACGAGGGAAACAGCAAGGCCUACCAGAACAAGACUAGGGAAACAGACAUGGAAGAUGGGAUAGUCCGGGAAAGUAAGCCAGAGAAAGAGCCAGACAACAGGCAGAUUCUGGAGGAGAGUCUGGAGAAGCCGGCAGAGGAAGCAAGUGACGACAAAAGAGAUGAAGCAAACAGCAAGGCCGACCAGGACAAGGAGAUUGGGAAAACAGACGUGGAAGAUGGCGGGCCGCUUAAAGCCGCGGAGGAACUAGAUGGCGGACCGCUGAUAUCAACAAAGGAACAAGAUGGUGGGCUGCUGAUUGCCUCGGAGGAGCAAGCUGGCACCAAAACAGCGGAGAAACCUGACGCCAAGCAACACAGAGGGAAGAAAAAUUCAGCAAAAAGGCGGAAGAGGACCAGGAAGCCUAACCAGGGAGUUGACAGAGUGAAAAGUUUGCAGAAAAAGACGCAAAAGGCGCUGUCAAUCACAGAACCUGCCAAGGUGAAGAAGGUUGCCAAUGGCUCCGGUGGCAAAGGUGAAGCCAAGACAGAUGGACACCCAAACCAGACCAACGGUGGGAAUGGAAAGACCUGUACUAGGGCCAGAGCAGGGGAUGGUCGCAAUAGUGCCAAACAGUCCAACAGUGAUGAUGAUGAAGAUGGUGAUGAAAGGCGUAAGCCCCGCCACACCAACACGACCAAGAAGACUUGUGGCCGGCAAGCUCACAAAAGGAAACGCCCUAAGAAGGAGUCGUCGAAGGGAUCUCGGUCUCCAUCUCCCAAGCCCGGUAGUGUGAAAGACAUGGAUUGGGUGUCACAGGGUACCAGACCCAAGAAUAGGCCCCGGGGAGGUCCUGGAGGGGAUAAGUCAGGACCAAGGCCACCGAAAGUCGAGAAGGAGUCCCCGUCUGUGCGGAAACUACAGCAGCAAAUGCAAUGCAUGUCUCUGGGUAGAGACGCUCACAUCACCGCUCACCUGUCGGAAAACCCCUCGCCGGCGGGGAAGCCGAUGCCCCGCACCCGGCAAAACCAUCAGGCCGUCGUGAAAAUGUACCACGACGAUGGCAUCCGGGCACACCGUGAGGUCGCUCUAAGCAUGCCCUCUGGACUACGCUGGAGAGGUGCUUCAGCCAUGCCAGGCGAUCUGCAGGUAGCCAUGAGCGCCGAGGUUAGCCCGAGAUCAGUCGAGGCUCAGGUAGCUGAGGAUGCAAGAGCUGAUGAGGUCCCACAGCCACCUGAGGUGCCUCCAGAAGUGGUGAUCCCUCCCGGGGUUAGCCAUGGUGAGCCCCGUCACUUGAUGGUCUUCGCGGACCAUGUUCGUCAGUUGAAGGACCAUGUUCUUCAGUUGAAGGACCACAAUCCAGAAGAACUUUGUGGUCAACACGAGGGCGUGCUGCUUGACAAGGCGUUGAUAGUAGAAGAUGGCCAGUUCAGAGACGGCCUACAGUACACCAAACUUGACUUUCUGGGACGGGGUUCUUUCGGCAAUGUUUACCUUAUACAGGACAGAAACUCCGGCAAGAAGGUCGUUGCAAAACAAGUUCCAGUGCGUGCCUUCGCACCCGCAGAGGUUACACUGUGGUGCGUCUCGGACCACCCAGGGAUCGUGCCUCUACUCGGCGUGCUCCGCACUGACGACAUGGUGACGUUCAUUUCUGGUUACGAGCCAGGCAGCCGAACCCUCCAGUCAGUGAUCAACCAAGCGGUCCUGGGCCAAGGGCGAGCACUGCGGAUAAUGGGGCAGGUCCUGCAGGCCCUGGCCUACCUGCACAGCCGGCAAAUCGUCCACAAGGACAUUAAAACGGACAACCUACUUAUCCUGCCCGGGGCCCGGGACCGGGUUAAAGUUAUAGACUUUGGGCUUGCCACUCGGCUUACCGCCCCUGAACAUACCGACGAUGUACUCAAGGGCACUGAGUGCUACAUGUCUCCCGAAAUCGCAGGAGGGGAAGCGUACGAUGCUCGCACGGACGUCUGGAGCUCGGGCUGCACGUUUGUGUGCAUGAUUAGCGGACAUCCUCCGUGGUCCCAGAGGUUUAAAGGGGUCCCGACCAAACUCUACGUCAUUGCCGUCAGUGGGCCCCCUUUGGAGGACAUCCCCCACAACACGGACCCCAGGGUGCGCUGCUUUAUAGAGCAGACUUUGAAGAAGGACUUCCAGAAGCGGCCGACAGCGGCCCAAGCCUGGCAGAUACUGCCCCUGGAUAUUGCGGAGGAGCUUGAAAACACCCUUGCUAUUGAACAUGACGAGCCAGAGCCUGAGCCAAUGGACGUACAGAGGGACAUCCCUGAAGAUGCGUUCCCUGGGCCCCUGACCCCGUGGACUCCCCGGGGUCCCCAGGAUGGCUUCCGUCCGUUCCCUCAACGCCAAGACCCUCCUCCAGCCAACCGACCUGCCCCUGACAUGUCCCUGUCGUUUUUGUUCAUACCUGGCGACGGUGAACCCAGACAAGACAAACGAAGUGAUGUUCCAAACAGUGAGAUGGAAGUCGAUGAGGAGGACAUGUAUGGACCCCCGCCGGACCUUGACAGUCCCGAGACUUUCGUCAAGGAUGCCUUCAAGGCUCGGCCAUCAGAAGUUUCCAGCGGCACGUCUUCGGUCAAUCCGCGCAGCGUAGCUCGGCAGCUAAGCCUGAAUGCUGCAAACUUUGAAUCGCCAUUCAAUGGCCACCUGAAGGAUGCACAGCAGAACAGCCAGGCAACCUCCAGCUUCAUGCUAGACACUGCUGGCAACCCCUUCGGCUUCAAUGGUGAUUCUCAGUCAUUCGAGCUAGAACCAAUGUCGCUUGGUGGAUCAUUGGAAGAAUGCCACUCCAUCAGCACAGCACAUGCUCUGAUGUUUGAAGCUAGCCAGAUGCCGUCUCUGGAGAAUGCUCUCUGGAAUGAAGCGGACGUUGCAGGCGCUGCUGGAUUUGACACCUCGGGAGUUGAUACGAACUCGCCGGGACUCUCGGCCGAAGAUCAGCACUUCGCCUCGCUGACGGAAACUGUCCAGAGCACCAGUACUGCUGUCCCUGGCGGUAUUGUGGCUGUCGUCGGUAUCGAGGGUAAAGAGCCGUUCCGAAUGCGCCUCAAACCAGAUUACUCAGGUCGUGAGUUGGCAGAGGCGAUUGUGGGUCUGCAGCACUAUAAAGACUCGAAGCUCGCCAUGAGGGCGUUCACACUGUGCUGGAAGGACACCGGUGAUGUUCUCCAUCUGAAUCACACCUUCGGCUGUGGCGAGCACCAGCUGGUUGCCGUGGCAGCGCCAGAGGGCGAUGAUUGGCCAUGGUGGCGCAUCAACAACAGCGGCCGGAUUACCAAGACCGAGUAGAUAUGAGUUCAGCAUUAUAUGUUUGGCAUGGCUGGCCAUACUCAUAUGGCCUGCCAAGGAGAACAAUUUAAAGAGGAAACAACCCUAAUCUGACAAGCGUGUUCCUAAAGCCCCACCACAGCAACAGCGCCCUCAGUUGUCAGGAAAAGCGUGAAACAUUUCAAAAAUUUAGAAAAGUGCCCUUUUCAAAAGCUUGUACCAAAAAGGGAUGUGUCAUAGUUUUUUUAUAUGUUUCAGAGAAAUGGCUAAUUUCUACACACAUGUACCGGUGUAAAAUCCAUUUCCUGGACCCUUUAAAUAUUGCACGUUAUUGUAAGUACUAAGCACUGUAAUGUAAUUAUGGUAUUUUUGAAGUACUUGGAUAUCUGAAAGGUAUGUAAGAUCGUUUACUUUCAGAAGGAAAACAGAUAAUGAAAUGGAAUGAAAAGUUAAAAUGCAAAAUGAAAAAAAGAACAACCAAAAAAGCAACUAAAAAUUGCAAUAACAAUCUUUAAAUAUAGGACUGUAGUCAUCCUAAGUACUGUAUUGUAUUUGAAUUACGUAUACUCAAGACAUCUUAAAGGUACGUAGGAUUCUUAAGGGGGGUUUUGGUGCAGUUAUUUUGUUUGAAGCAACAAAAGUGCUCAAAAUGUAAAGGAGGAUGCAUACCAACUAACUUUUUAAAGUUUUAGCUCAAUGGAUACUGGGGUUUUUUUAGGCAACAGAAAAUUUAAGCAUCUUUUUGGUCUUGUAAAGUUUCCUAUGUACCUUUAAGCAACUAGAUUGUAUUUGUAUGUACGUUUAUGAAUUCCUUUCGAAUAUAAUGUUCCAUGUGUUUUAAGAUGCUUCCUAAAUGUAAUUUUGUGGGCACUUGCUUUAAAUUGAGCCACCUGAUGUUCUGUGACUAAUUUUAUUAAAAAAAUAAUUAGACAAAUAGUUCAAGAUUUGAUACGGAUGUCUUGAAUCUUCACAUAAUCGAUCAUCAAUCAAAUACUCGAAUAGCGUUUUCUGGUUUGAGAAUUCAAAAAACAAUUUAAAAAAAAAUUGGUAGGUACACACACGACUCAGUUGAUCGGAGAGUUUCGAACACAGUCGAAACCUGAUAAGAAGAGCACUGUUUAUACAACAUCCUGCUCAUAUAAGGAAAAUUUUAUGUCCCAAGUCUUUGUGUUUCUUUGUUUUACAGUACUGACAAUACAAGGUACCUGUUAAAACAUGAUAACUUGUCAAGUCUCAAUGAACUUGUUACCAAGGUGGCCACUGUAUUUGUUCAAUAUGCAUGCAGUUACAAAUAUAAAUUGAGUACCAACUUAACUGAUUCGAAUAUAUAGACAGCAAUAACAUUCAGGCAUGCAACUUUUCCUUGGAUUAGCUGAUUUCCGUGUUUUUCACUUCACACUUAUACCAUUGAAAAUUGAAAAAAAAAACACUGUACAAAGUCUUGAAAAGAUUGGAGUUUCCUCGUUUUUUGUUUCUUCCAAGUUGCAUGCCUGAACAUUUGCCUACUUGUUUGCAAAAAUGUAUCAUGAAUACAUGUAGGACACUGAUUUUCAUUUAUACUGGUUGGAAUCCGAUUUUAAAUUUUAGAUUAUUGUCAAUUUACCCUGUACAACAAUUAAAAAAUCGCUGAUGAAUAAAUUAGAGUGUGUCUUAUGA